GCGUACGUGAUGUCUGCUGCAGUUCGACAGUUGCUCGCCGAUCUCUGAACGGUUCACUGCGUCGUGUCUGAAUCGAAUACUCGCCACAAUAAAAAAGAAACCAAGAAGAACCAACUGAAAAGUGUGUUUUGUGGUUAUUGUUUGGAGUGUCUUUGGAGCGGGCAAAAUGGAACGACCUUCCCUGCUGCAAACCGGUGAGCAAGGAGGAUUUGAUUCCACAGCCACCAAGCUAGUCAGCAAGCCCUUUCCCAAGCCCUUCUCCAUCGAAAGCCUGAUUGCCAGCCAAACACCUGCCAACACUUCGCCGCCGUCGCCUCCGGAGCAGGAGCAUGAAGCGGAACAGGAUCAGGAGAUGAGUGCCCGAGCCAUGGUGGCCAGUUCGGCUCUGGGACUUACCCAGUUCCCGCUCUACAAUCCCUGGCUGCACGGCUACUUCGCCCAGAACCACGAAAGAUUGACGCAUUUAAUCGCCAGCGGCGGCGGUGGCGGCUGUUACCUGCCCUCCAACCCAGUAAGCCAUCCUGGCGCCCCGCACCAGCCACAACAGCCGCCGCCUCCACCACCACAUGCCUUGGACAAGCAGCCGCCACCACUGCCCCAUCCCUUGGAUACCAGAUUCCUGCCCUUUAAUCCAUCUGCUCCGACGGAUCUAAGCUACCGACGAUUGGCCGAGCUCAUGAACCAGGACUACGUCCAUAGCCUGAGUGUCCAUGCCCGGUUGCAGCAUAUGGCCGCCGCCGGAAGGCUUCAUGAGGAUCAAUCAAAUCCCAGCUUUGUCCAGCUUCAGGAACCGUCGCAUAUUCAGGCCCAAUCCUCGCCAGCAAAGUCCGGCAGUCGAAGUCCGGUCGAGCCAACCCUGGAUGUUGGGGUAGACGAAGAUUUUGAGUGCAGCGGGGAUUCCUGCAGUGACAUUAGCCUGACCAUGUCCCCGAGGAACUACAACGGGGAGUUGGAAAAGAGCCGCAAUGGAGCUUACACAAAUUCAGACAGCGAGGACUGCAGUGAUGAUGAAGGAGCUCAUUCUCGCCACGAAGCCUCCGGAAUGGGUGGCAAGGACUCCCAGGGUAAUGGUAGUAGUUCCAGCUCCAAAUCCCGCCGCCGGCGAACCGCUUUUACCUCGGAGCAGUUGCUGGAACUGGAGCGCGAGUUCCAUGCCAAAAAGUAUCUUAGUCUCACAGAGCGCAGUCAAAUAGCCACAAGUCUGAAAUUAAGUGAAGUUCAGGUAAAAAUAUGGUUCCAAAAUCGUCGCGCGAAGUGGAAACGCGUCAAGGCAGGACUCACAUCGCACGGCUUGGGUCGAAAUGGAAGUAGCAGUGGCACCAAGAUCGUAGUGCCCAUCCCAGUCCAUGUGAAUCGGUUUGCUGUCCGAUCCCAACACCAGCAGAUGGAAAAGAUGUGCCUCAGUGGUCCCAAGCCGGAUCUGCGCAAGAAGCUAUCGACGGAGGCGAUCGGAGGAUUCGAGAAGUUUAGUGGUUCCGUUGCAGCAGCACCACCCGUACCCGGAGGUGUGGGUCUGGGUGUCGGGUUGGGUGUGGGUGUGGGCGUGCCUCCACCCCUCGCUCUAGCCAGGAGCAUCUAUUGACGGAGUUUUGUUUGAAAUUUGUGGGAGUGUAUAUAUUCAAAAAAGAAGUUCAGCUGCAAACCAAGUUUUUCUUUUUGUAAAUAAAUGAACAAAAAAUGCA